CGGAUGCCAGCUCAGAAAAGUUGUUCAAUACAGUCACAAACAAAGAUACAGACUUAGGAGUUGUUACGCUAACAGAAAAUGAAGAUCAAGAGGCCAGGUCUUUGGCUCUCCCCAAAAUAUCAGGAUUAGAACGGAGCCAAGAGAAGAGUCAGGACGGUGGAAAAGAGCCAUCGCUUGACCCUGUUGUGCCUCAGGAUCUUUGUCCUCAAGUUUCUCAGCCUUUGGUCCCACCUCGUUUGGAGCCACCAACGGAGGCACGUUCUCCAGAGCCUGCUGCUGUCCACCCUGCUCGCUCCUCCUAUUCGGAAGCCCCAGAGAAGCAACCAGCUUCGGAAGAGGCCCAGUUUCCCACCGUUCCUCCUUCCCAAAUACAACAUCCGCCGAGACCUCCCUCUCCUGGGCAGCCGGCCCAUCCAAACCUACCACCUUCUCAGCUGCGUCCUCCCUCCCGUAGCCUUGCACAACAGUUGUCGACUUACAACAGCAGCAGUUUAAGCCUCAACAGCUUGAGCAGCAGCAGAAGCAGCACCCCAGCCAAAAGUCAACCCCCUCCUCCCCCUCCGCCUCCUCCCCCCAUAGCUCAUCAUCCCUCGGCAUCCCCCUUCCCUCUCUCUUUACCCAAUCACAGCCCCCUUCAUAACUUCACACCUGCCCUCCAGCCUUCUAAUCACACCCAUCACCCCAAUAUGUUUGCCCCUCCCACGGCAUUGCCUCCUCCUCCUCCUCUGACAUCGGGGACAUUACAAGUUCCAGCUCAUCCCGCUGGCACUGCUUACUCAGAGCAAGAUCUUCUCCGCCAGGAGCUGAACACUCGGUUUCUGGCUUCCCAGAGCGCCGAUCGUGGCGCCUCUCUGGGCCCACCACCCUACCUGAGGACCGAGUUCCACCAACACCAGCACCAACACCAGCACACACACCAACACACGCACCAGCACACCUUCACGCCUUUUCCUCACGCCAUCCCUCCAACAGCCAUCAUGCCAACGCCAGCACCUCCCAUGUUAUUCCACUCUUAUCCUCCUGCUGUGUCUGGGAUCCCUCCUAUGAUACCUCCAACUGGUCCUUUCGGCUCACUGCAAGGAGCGUUUCAACCCAAGACUUCAAAUCCUAUUGAUGUUGCGACAAGACCUGGAGCUCUUCCACAUACUCUUCUUCAGAAGGAUCCCAGGUUGACAGAUCCAUUCAGGCCCAUGUUGAGGAAACCAGGCAAAUGGUGUGCUAUGCAUGUUCAUAUUGCUUGGCAGAUAUACCACCAUCAACAGAAAGUCAAGAAACAGAUGCAGUCGGAUCCCCACAAACUGGAUUUUGGUUUGAAACCUGAAUUUCUGAGCAGACCUCCAGGUCCCAGUCUUUUUGGGGCCAUCCAUCAUCCUCACGACUUAGCCCGGCCAUCAACUCUUUUCUCGGCAACCAGUGCCGCCCAUCCUGCCGGUCCUACAUUUGGCCCUCCCCCGCACCACAGCAACUUUCUCAACCCUGCAGCCCAUUUAGAGACUUUUAAUCGGCCCACGACGUUCACCAGCCUUGCAGCCAUGAGCAGCAAUGCCUUCGGGGGACUUGGCAACCAUGCCGUUACACCCAAUGCUAUGUUUGGCCACAAGGAUUGUCCCGGCAUGCAAAGCUAUAGUAACCCACACGAGCCUUGGAAUCGUCUGCACCGAACGCCUCCUUCGUUUCCAACUCCACCGCCCUGGCUGAAGCCAGGUGAGCAGGAACGCAGCGCGUCCGCUGCAGCUCAUGAACGAGACAGAGAUGUAGAUAAAGGAGAUGCUUCUCUUAGUAAAGAUGACAAAGAAAGGGAGACUGUUGAGAAAAGACACUCAAGCCACCCUUCACCAGCAUCUAUCCAUUCUGUGAGUUCCCUUGGACACAGCCGCAGCUCAGUUGAACAGAUGAGGAGCCACCUGAACUCAGAAGCUCGUGAAAAAGAGAAGUCCAAAGAGCGGGAGAGGGAUCAUCCAGAACCACGGAAGGAAAUCAGUGCCGAUGAGCCACACAAGGCAAAGGACAACUACAUUUCAGACAAGGAAAGCGUGAGCCACGAUAGCAGAUCGUUGGAAGAAUCUAAGCAAGCAUCUCAGGUGCCUUCACCCUUCACCAGGACACCUGUAGCAGAAAGCACCAGACCGAACAGCAACUCGAGUCGGGAUGCUGAGAAGAAGAGUGAACCUACCUAUGAGAACCUGAAAAAAUCGAGCGAGGUCAAAGUGAAAGAGGAGAGGAAGGAAGAUCACGACAUUUCUCCGGAAACACCACAAACACACCGGCCUUCUGAGCAGCCACCAUCCAUGCCCACAUCCAGUGUCCAUCCAGGCUCUUUAGCAUCCAUGCCCAUGACGGUGGGCGUCACUGGCAUCCACCCCAUGAACGCCAUCAGCGGUCUAGAUAGGACUCGCAUGAUGACCCCUUUCAUGGGCAUUAGCCCAAUCCCGGGGGCCGAACGCUUCCCAUACCCUUCAUUCCACUGGGACCCCAUGAGAGAUCCCUUGAGGGAUCCCUACAGAGAUUUAGACAUCCACCGGAGAGACCCUUUGGGCAGGGAGUUUCUCCUGAGGAACGAUCCGCUGCACCGCCUCUCCACACCCAGGCUUUACGAGGCAGAGAGAUCUUUCAGGGACCGAGAGCCACAUGACUAUAAUAAUCAUCACCACCACCCUCUUUCGGUCGACCCGCGCCGUGAGCACGAAAGAGGAGCGCACCUGGACGAGAGGGAAAGGUUGCACAUGCUCCGAGAGGACUAUGAGCACGUACGGCUUCACUCUGUGCACCCGGUGGCGCUGGAUGGUCAUUUGGCUCAUCCAAGUCUCCUUACUCCAGGACUUCCUAGUAUGCAUUACCCUCGGGUCAGCCCCCCGUCAGGACUUCAGAAUGGCAUCCUCAAUAAAACUCCUCCCACAGCGGCCCUGAGUGCUCCUCCCCCUCUCAUUUCCACCCUCGGACCUCGGCCUGGUUCUCCCCGAAGGACUACCCCUUUGUCGACAGAAAUGAGGGACAGGCCGCCUUCACACACUCUUAAGGACAUCGAAGCGCGAUAAGUAAUGGCUGAACAUACAUCCAAGUGAGAGAACAAUUAGACAAACAGAUCUUCUUACUCAAUAAAUGUAGACUUUGGUAAUGACCCAGCUGUAUAAGAUGUACACACCCAGAUGUACUAAGGUUUUUCUUUUCUUUCUUGGUUUGUUUUUUCCAAAAAAAUAAUAAUAAUGGUUGGGUUGUGUGUUAUAUGUUGAAAAAAAAAGUUUUCAGAACCUUUUAGACAAAAGUUGGCACAUUUUCUACGUAAAUGCUCUUUCUUACUGUUCCUAACAGAACAAGAUGUAAGGCAGUAUUUCAUCUCCCCCUCAAAGUCGUCCCUCUUUUCACCUUUCUGUCUCUCUCUCUCUCUCUCUCUUCAUUCUCUCCAAGUUGAAAUGAAGAAAAAGUCGAAUCCCUUUAUUUUACUUUAUUUUUUUCUACCCUGUAAGAGAGUUGUUGAAAAUAACAUUAUUUCGUGGGUUAGUGGGUCAUAUAUGCAACAUGGGUGAGACGAAAGCUUUACUUUGUAAAUAUGUACAUAGGGAAAAAAAAGAAUAAGUAACAUAAUGCAUUACUACUUCUUAAACUGUGCUCUUUGCAGACUUUAAUUGUGUGAAAGACCGCAGACCUGCGGUACAUCUAAUGUCAUAAGACAGCUAAACCCCUUCAGCUAUGCAAUUAAUUUUUGAGGUUUUUCACAAAAGCCUCUUUAACUCAAAGGCGCCUUGUCAACACACACAACCACACAUAAAGUCAUACUUUCCCUGAACAAACUCACAUAUCCCUGAAACCUUUUGGAUGAAGAAAUAAGUCAUCUUCAUCUUCAACAAAUUAGAGCUUGGAUUGCUCCUAUUGUUCGUUUUUCCUACCUAUUUUUUUUUUUAAAAAAAACCCUUUUGCUAGCUAGUGUUGUUUCUUUUUCAUUAUUUAAUUUGAAAAAAAUGUUGUACAAUGUUAGAUUACAUCCAGCCUCUUCAUUGCUGUUCCUGGGUCACUGUGAAUCAAACUUUAAAACUUAGAAGUAGACCAUUUUUUCUGAAAGCCAUUUAGGGGAGCCAAACAAACUCUGAAUUUAACUCCCAAGAAUCCAGCCAGCAUUAUUGCCUGGACUGUCCUUCUCUUUAGGUCUUAUAAAGUGUGAGGAAUGGGUAAGAGAAGGGGACUCACAAUUUGCUCCCCCACUUCCAGGUUUUCAGCCAAAUUACAACUUUGAAUUAAGAACUAUGGAAAUUAUGAAAUAAAUGAGAAAUUACUGUGUUAAUUUCAAUUUUAUCAAAUGAAGCUAAUUGUCCUGACUUUGUCUAUUUGGUCAUCCUUGUUUCAUGCAACAUAUAAAGUAUAAACCAGGGAUCUCCAAAGUUGGCAACUUUAAGACUUGUGGACUUCAACUCCCAGAAUUCCCCAGACAGCAUGACUGGCUGUGGAAUUCUGGGAGUUAAAGUCCACAAGUCUAAAGUUGACUGGCUGAGGAAUUCCGGGAGUUAAACUCCCCAAGUUGCCAACUUUGGAGACCCCUAUUAUAAACAAUGAUUUCUCUAAGUGACAAAACGAGCGUCAUGAAACAAGACUGACACUUAUAUAGGCUAAUCUGCCCAGGGGGGGUCAGAAAAGGCAAGAUGGUAGUCACAACAUGACCAAUGCCCAGCUUAUUUUUAAAAAACUUUUGCUUUAUGAAGCAAAAGUUAUGAAAUGCCUGUAAAAAUAGGCCGGACUUUGAUCAUGCAGUCACAGCUGCCAUUUGACUUCCUAACCUCUCUCCCAGAUGCCCCCAUAGUUACAUGCUUAUACCAGAUUUUGAGGUCAGAGUAGUUAAAGCCCAAUAACAAUAUUUGUACAAGAUCCUAAACGUGGUUCAUAAUCACCUUGGUUAAUUUAGUUUUGUGGUUUAUGAAAAUCCAGUCCAUAUGGUGAGUUUAUAGACUCAAAAACAAAACCUCCAGAUUCUUGCACCUAAUUCUCUCAUUAAGGUUGGGCAAGCAAGGAAGUGUUACAUAGAGAUGAAUGAUAGGGUUUGUAGUCCAAAAUCUGGUGGGUAAAAUGAUGGAUCUUGGGCGUUGCCUUAGUGGUUCUAGCCACCUCCAAAACUCAGCAAACAAAGGGCACCUGAUGCUUCAAGACUAUUUGCAGUAAUAUCUUCUCUUAUUUUGGCAUCGGUUCGAUCUGAUGGGAAUUGGAGUCCAAAAUAACUGCAGUACACCAUGUUGCCUGUAUUGAGUUUAGAGCUGGGCCUUAUAACUUUUCUAAAUGCUAUCUGUUGUAAACCUGAUACCUCUGGUGCUAUAUGGAGUAGGAACUUGGAACGUAAACAUCUUUGCCAUUUGGGAGAAAGAAUCACUGAUUUUGGGGUCAGGUACCAAUUUUCUUAACCCUUUUCCCGCAUUCAGACUCUAGUUGAACAUCCAUUAACAUAGGCAUAAGCCUUGUUAUAAGGAUGCACCUUUGACUAGGUGAAGAAGUCUGCUAUUAGCUCUUCAGAUACGUUGGUAAGACAGUACACUUACGUUAAUAUUUUUCCACCGUCCCAUCACUGUAGGGGUGAGCAGUAGAGGACCAUGGCAACAUGUUGGCUGUAUCCCCCUCUGGGAAUCCACAGGAGCACCAUGAAUAUUCCAGAAGCGAGAAAAGGCUUAAAUUUCAUGAGAUCAGAUAGGUUAGGAGAUGUCAGUGAUCUCAUUUGAAAUUUCAUGCAUUUUCAGGUGAGAAGAUUGGAGCCUUAGAAGAUGUGGAUGUGGGUGUGUAAGAAUCCUAAAAUUGCUUGAAAUUGGUACUCCCAAGAGGUUUUGGCCAUUUUAAAAAGGAUACUCUGCUUGAUUUUCGGGGUGUGCAUCCCAUUAUAGGUAGUCCUUGACUUACAACCAUUUGUUUAGUGACCAUUCAAAGUUAACAGCGGCACUGAGACAAGUGACUGAUGACCAUUUCUCACACUUACAACCAUUGCAGCAUCCUUAUAGUCACGUGA